CCGCCGGGCGCUCUGGCCCGCCGCUUGAAGGGCUCCCCGGUCAUGUCUCCCGCCCGUCUCCGGCCCCGCCUGCGGUUCUGCUUGCUCUUGCUGCUGCUGCUGGUGCCGGCGGCGCGCGGCUGCGGGCCCGGCCGGGUGGUGGGCAGCCGCCGGCGGCCGCCGCGCAAGCUCGUGCCGCUCGCCUACAAGCAGUUCAGCCCCAACGUGCCGGAGAAGACCCUGGGCGCCAGCGGGCGCUAUGAAGGCAAGAUCGCGCGCAGCUCGGAGCGCUUCAAGGAACUCACUCCCAACUACAACCCCGACAUCAUCUUCAAGGACGAGGAGAACACAGGCGCGGAUCGCCUCAUGACCCAGCGCUGCAAGGACCGCCUAAACUCGCUGGCCAUUUCCGUGAUGAACCAGUGGCCCGGCGUGAAGCUACGGGUGACGGAGGGCUGGGACGAGGACGGCCACCACUCCGAGGAGUCACUGCACUACGAGGGCCGCGCAGUGGACAUCACCACGUCGGACCGCGACCGAAAUAAGUACGGGCUGCUGGCUCGCUUGGCCGUGGAAGCCGGCUUCGACUGGGUAUAUUAUGAAUCCAAGGCCCACGUGCAUUGCUCCGUCAAGUCCGAGCACUCUGCCGCAGCCAAGACCGGUGGCUGCUUUCCUGCUGGAGCCCAGGUGCGCCUGGAGAGUGGGGCACGUGUGGCCUUGUCAGCUGUGAGGCCAGGAGACCGGGUGCUGGCCAUGGGGGAGGACGGGAGCCCCACGUUCAGUGAUGUGCUAAUUUUCCUGGACCGCGAGCCAGAGCAGCUGAGGGCCUUCCAGGUCAUCGAGACCCAUGACCCCCCGCGCCGCCUGGUGCUUACGCCUGCCCACCUGCUCUUCACCUCCAACAAUCACACAGAACCGGCGGCUCGCUUCCAGGCCACGUUUGCCAGCCAAGUGCAGCCUGGCCAGUAUGUGCUGGUGGCUGGGCCACCAGGUCUGCAGCCUGCCCGAGUGGCAGCUGUCUCCACACACGUGGCCCUUGGGGCCUACGCCCCCCUCACAAGGCACGGGACGCUGGUGGUGGAGGAUGUGGUGGCCUCCUGCUUUGCAGCCGUGGCUGACCACCACCUGGCUCAGUUGGCCUUUUUGCCCCUGCGACUGUUUCACAGCUUGGCAUGGGCCAGCCGGACCCUGGGCGAGGGUGUGCACUGGUACCCCCAGCUGCUCUAUCGCCUGGGGCGACUCUUGCUGGAAGAGGGCAGAUUCCACCCACUGGGCGUGUCUGGGGCAGGGAGCUGAAAGGGUCCCACCACUGCCCUACCGGAACUGCCAUCCUGGGUCCAAAGGCCUCCCCGCUGGAGGGCGCUGGCCCUGGAAGAGACUGGCAGGGGAAGGCACUGGCUCCCACCACCUCCUCUACCAUGGAGAUGCACCAAUGAGACUUGACAGGGCAAUGCCAGUGUCCCCCAGCCCCAGCAUGGUUGGUGAAAGAGCUGCAAGCUGAGCUGGGGAGAGGGUCUGUCCUUCUAUCCUAGAGGCCUCGAGGCUGGCAUGAUGGGUGCCAACCCAGCCAGCCCUCACUACUCGUUUUCAUACUCUGCCUUCCCUGAUGGGGAGGGCCAUUCCAUCUGUCUUAGGCCCCCAUAGGUGGGCUUGCACCUCAGUUGAUGCUGCUAGAUUCCCUGGGAGCCAGCAAGGUGAGCUGGCUAGACUCAAUGCCUCCCAGAACCGAGAAGGCCACAGGUGGGGCAGCCAGCCUGGCAAUCCUGAAGAAUGACCUUCCUGCCUGGCCACACUCCUCGGGACACAUCCAGAGACUUGCUGUCAGUGGACAGAGUUCUGUGUUCCAGCCAACGUGACCACAGGACCAGGGGCCAGGGGAAGGGGACUAGAUGUCCUUCCUACCCAAGCUGAGCUCCCUUUUCUGCUGAACCAUGGCCCCCACCCACUCCUCCGGUCAGUCUCUUCCCCCCUUAUUUAUUGGAGCAGAGGAGGAAGCCAACGGGAGAAUUUGGGGGAUGUUUUGGUCUUUUCUUCCUUUUGUAAUAAAAAUUAUUUAAGUUGUUAGAGCC